AUGGAGUUUACACUGCCGCCAGCCCCCAGAGGGCUGUGCUUUGAUCGAAAUGAUUUCGUUAAGACGAAUUUCUCCGUGGAUAGCUUUUUAGCAGAGCAUCAAAAUGUAGCAUCGUUGGAAGCUAUGCGGGAUGACUUGGGGGUGUACUUAAAAGUCCUAAGACUGGCUAUGAUAGAGCUCAUAAACAAGGAUUACGCCAAUUUCGUCAAUCUGUGUGCUACCCUCAUUGGUUUCGACAAGGCAAUAGUCAAAAUUCAGGUGCCCCUGGGACAAUUGAAUGAUGAAGUCCUUAAUGUAAAACACUGUUUAGAAGAUUCUAUGAAGGAAUUAUCAAUGUGGUUAAACCAAAGACACAGUCUACAGAAGAAAAAACAACUAUUAAAACAGUAUAGUCAGACAAUCAAUUGUUUGAAAACAUUGACAAGUGUACUGAAAAAUAUUUCAGAUAAGAAAAACUAUGAACGAGUGACUUUAGCAGACCGUGCAGCAAUGCAAUACAAUCAGUUGAAGUUUUCAAUUGCAAAAUGUGAAAGUUUAAUAAAGCCAGAGCAUAAACUACAGUUUGGUGAAGUAGAGGAACAAUUAAUACAAACCCUCAAUGACUUACUCUUUCAAUUUUGGAAUGAUGGUGAUGAGGAAAACCUCUUAAAAACUAUUAUAACACUUGCAUCUUUGGACCGUGUGUCAGAAACCGAAUCGCUAAUACGGAAACAAGCGGUUGCUCCUCUUUUACAAGAAAUAAUUAAUGAACCAGGUUUACAGAAGAGCAGAAAUGGUCUGCAGGGAAUUUAUGAAAGAAUAUUGUCUCUAUUGGACACAAAACUAAAGUUACUUUUAAUAGUAACACAACAUUCCAAACUAAUUUUUCUUGUUAAGAAAUAUAGGUUUUUAGUAAACAGUUUUUGGUGCGAGGUUGAGAGUAGGUUAGAGGUCAAUCUUGCAUCAAUUUUUGCUCCUGGCAACCCACAAAUAUUUUACAGGAGGUAUAGUGAAAGUACACAGUUUAUAAAGAAACUGGAACAAUAUUGUACAGCAGAAGAUAUAAAAUUAUUACAUGAAACAUCAGAAUAUAAAAGUUUUCAAAGGCGGUGGAAUUUGCCCGUCUAUUUCCAGAUACGCUUUCAAGAAAUUGCAGGAAGUUACGAGGCGGCGUUACAAAAGAGCCCUACAGCGGACAAUGAAAACGAUUUUGUUUUGCGGGAGACACAGAAAUGUUGGAGUGCAGUUCAAGAGUGUUGGUCGGACGGAGUCUUCAUAGAGGCUUUGGGUCACAAAUUCUGGAAGCUAACGCUACAAAUGUUAUCGCGUUACGCAAUAUGGGCUAACGCGUAUUGUACACAGAAAUCAUCACACAAGCUUGAUAUAACAAUAGUGGACAAAACCUUAAUCGACAACAGUAUUAGCAUUUAUGUUGACGUAAAAACUCUCCUCCAGAAAUUACCUCAACUUUUGGAUCAUGUAAAAACUAAGAUUAACAUUGAAAACCAAAUCCUACUAAUUCAAAGUCUGAAAUAUUCAGAGCAAGCAUUAGAAGGGACAAAAGAGAAAGUGCGAGAAUGCAUAGUCAAUGAACUCUAUAAUAAUUUCAACGUACAGUUGAAGCAAGUUAGUGAUAUUCCCAGACUGUACAGAAAAACUAAUCGAAGUGUUCCUACUAAACCAUGUACAUACAUAGAUGUUAUAUCAAACGCUUUGAAGGAGUUUAAUCAGGAAGCUUCUAAACGGUUGGACAAUGCAUUUAUUAGAGGAAUUUUCGAAGUACUGUUCAACACGAUGACUGUUUCAUACUACAAGUAUGUUGAAGAUGUUUUGACCUCUGUACAAAAAACUGAGGACUCCUUAAGAAGACUGAAGCAAAUCCGAGAAAUGAGGUCGCCGCAGAAUAACGACAAUGCAGGAGCAACUGACGGAGACAAGAUCAGGCUGCAACUGAACGUCGACGUCAUCUCAUAUGGCAAUCUAGCAAACACGCUCAGCCUCGAUGCAAAUAGUGUUAACAAGUUCUCUGAAUUAUCAAGUAUGGUAACCGAAGCUGUAAAAAAUAUAGAUAUUAAAUGA